UACUGAUAUUCUAUUUGUACUUCUUCAAUUGCCAUUUGCCAGUUUUGAUUUCUGCUUCCUCAGUGCUAUUAGUGAAAAUGAGGAACGUCAAGCUUAACGUUACAACCUCGGUUACAACCGAAUACACACGAAUCUAUCAGUGUUUCACAAUGAACGAGAGUUCCAGUUACGAACCUCGAAACGAAACAACCGGAGUGUUAUUUUUUCCUCCUUUUCGGGACUCAAACAAGUUGUCCUUCAUCAAAAUGUGCUGUUCGAAGCUUCUCUAUGCCGCUUGCAUCUCGGGAGUAAAUUGCUGUUAUGUGAAAAUGCAACGAGCGGUAUCAUUGGAGAUGCAGCCAGCCAUGGAUUCGGCACUCACGCCACAAUUGCCUUCCUGCAUUUCUGGAUGUUGAGCAUGCAUGAAUUUACAAACUUUACAAUGCUGAUGGAAGCUCAGAUUGAAUAAAAUUAUUAUUAUUAUUGUCUUUAUUUUAGAGGCUUUCAGCCCUAGGCUGGCUCACCUCUUAUUGAA